CUUUGGCGGGUCGACAUGCCGUUGGGUGGUGGCAGUUGCAGCUCGGGGAGGCUUGGACGAGAACGACUGUUAAAAAUGAGUUCAACGAGAUAUAAAGAUGUCCGUUGCCGACGAGGAAACCCGAAUGGAUUGCUGCCCUCAUCAGACUCAGAAACAUCAACAUCAGAACAUCAAGCUACACCCGUCUUCUCAUACUUUAGCAUCAGCUUUCCGCUUCCAUCACUCACAUCUUCUUCUCUGUAAACAAGCCAUCGACAACAACCGCCAGCAUGUACGCCUUCACCUUUGCCGUCCUGUCUCUGGUCGUCAGUGUUUCCGCUGCGCCCACCGCCACUGUUCGCAGCGAAUACUCCAGGACUGUGCCUCUCACCGGCGUCACCCACUCGGUGGUUGCUGGCAUCAGCGGCGGCUUCGACCCGGACAAUGUUGUCGCUGAGAUCGGCGACACGGUCGAGUGGCACUUCCUGCCCAACAACCGCUCCGUCGCGCAGUCCAGCUUUGCUGAGCCGUGCCAACCUCUCGUCGAUCACGGCACGUCCUCCUACUCGGGAUUCUUUGCGGGAUUCAACUUUGCUACCCAGGAGGGCCAAUCGCCCUACGUGUUCCAGAUUGUUGUCGAGGACAAGUACCCGAUUUGGUACUACUGCCCGCAGCAGGUCGGCUCGCACUGCCAGAACGGCGCGGUCGGCGUCAUCAACCAGAACUACGACAACCCUGCUUUCAGCCUGCGCAAGCACAAGGAGCUCGCGUCCCAGACGUGCGCCUCCGUCGUGCCUCCUGAGCAGUGUGGAGGAAUCAUCAUGCCCAACCCCAACCCCUACAGCGGCUACUGA